AUGGACUUGUGGUUUGAUCCUGUGGGUUCUAUUGCAGACACGGUAUCGAGUGUCGUAUCAGAUUUGGAUGCUGUGCGGCCGCCGGUGUAUGAGGAGCCCAGCACAUGGACCGAGCAUUUCACCAAGGGCUUCUUCUCUCUAGGGCUUAUUGGUGCCAUCAAGUCCUUUGUUGCAAUGGGUCCGUGGCACUGGAUCAACUUCCGUGCUGGAGGGCUCUUUGGCUCCGGCAGACGCGGCGGCACUGGCAGGAGCAGGAUGGACAACUUCAACCUGCUCUUUGUCGUCAUCGGAGCAUUCACGUUUAUGAUGGCAGUGUGGAGGUUUGUCAAGGCAAUGAGUGCGCGAAUUCUGACCAAUGUCAGUAAUAAAGUCAUGGAUGUCGGCGACGAAGAUGACGAAGAUGAUGAAGCGAUGCGGGACGGCGGUGAUGCUGGUCCAAGCUAA